AUGUCUGACACUCUCUGUCUCUAUCAACCCCGACCGCAAAAAUCGACGAAGGCUUCAGUCGUGGCCUCUCGGGGCCCGGGGAAGGAGCCACGGCUGGCAGAGACCCUAAAAUGGCCUCGUCUUCCUACUAUUAAGGAAGACCAUUCCGUCUGCCCAAAGGUAGACAAAAGCAUUUACGAAUCCAUUGGAUCAAUGGCGAAUUGCUUUCAAAACACGUCAUCUUGUUGUACGUGGCUUUCUGUACUAUCGAGACCGUAA